AUGGCACGAAGAAAUGCUGGGGCAAUGCAGCGAGAGGGGUCGGUUAAGGACUGGUCGGAAUUCGACCCCUCACCGUCUCCCAAGAUGGCGUACUCGCAGUCCUAUGUUGCAAUGAGAGGGGUGCUGACUUCGCUGGCUUCGCUUGACCUUGUCCUGAUGUCGAGCAGCCUAAAAUCUGCGUGGGCAACUAUAUCGUCCCACAAGCAUGCUAGGUCCUUGGAGAGGCCAAAGUCAAAGGGGAUGGGCUGGAAAAAGGCCAUGAUCAAUCUAUUCGUGUGUUUCAUGAUUGGCAUUUUCAUCGGAUUCACGCCGCUCUUCUCUGCUGAUUUGUCAAACAAAAUGCCUGCUGAAAAGGACAGGCUUCCAUUUGAUGGAGAUGUGAUUGAUAGACGACAAAUGGUAGAACAUCAAGGCACCAAGCUGGAGCCAUUUGUAGCGGAGGCUGAAUCUGAAGCGGUUAAUGAGCCACAGGCUGAGGAGAGUCCCCCAGUUCCUGCAAUGUUGGAUGAUGAGGCAGAUUUUGUUGAAGCCUUGCCUAUUGUACAUUCUGUUAAUGAUUCUGGCAUUGUUGCAAGAAAGCAACUGAUAGUUGUGACAGCAACAACAGUUCGACCACACCAGGCAUAUUACCUUCAUCGUCUGAUUCAUGUCUUGAAGGAUGUACCGCCUCCUCUUCUGUGGAUAGUGGCAGAGUGGCCAUAUCAGUCUCGUGAAACAGUAGAAAUCCUGAGGUCUUCUGGGAUCAUGUACAGACAUAUUGUAUGCAAUAGGAAUGUUUCAAAUAUUAGGAAGAUUAUUGUCUGCCAAAAGAACAAUGCAAUAUUUCAUAUAAAGAAGCAUCAUCUAGAUGGUAUAGUGCAUUUUGCCGAUGAGGAGAGAGCAUACUCAGUCGAUCUAUUUGAAGAAAUGAGGAAAAUCAGGCGCUUUGGUACAUGGCCAGUAGCAACACAUGUUGGGACUAAGUAUAAAUUGGCUUUGGAAGGCCCCCUUUGUAAGGGUGAUCAGGUCACUGGAUGGCAUACAAACCAGAAGAGCAGUAUGCUUCGUCGAUUUCCAAUUGGCUUUUCUGGAUUUGCUUUUAACAGCACUAUUCUUUGGGAUCCUAAGAGAUGGAAGAGCCCUACUGUAGGGUCUAUUAUACUCCAUUCAGGUGGAAGGGGUGGCUUGCAGGAGUCAAGAUUUAUUGAGAGGCUUGUCGAGGACGAGAGUCAAAUGGAAGGCCUGGCAGACAAUUGCACCCGGAUUAUGGUCUGGAAUUUCGAUUUGGAACCUCCUCAACUCAAUUACCCUACUGGCUGGUUGCUGCAGAAGAACCUAGAUGCUACGUAG